GAGUGAGAACAAAACCCGAAGAGGAAUGUGGCUGAAAGGGGCUGAAUGAGGCAGCCCGGCCGGUUGGGGGUUACGUUACAGCGUAGACGCACCGGAGGUAAGCCGAGAUGCACACGGGGUCAUUUUCGCAGCUCGGCGGAAGCUGGACGUUAUUUUAACAGACCAUCGGGCACUUCUUGGCCUUAAAGGGGCGAGUUUACUAACUUUUCAGCCAGGAGUCAACAGGCGACUUGCGGGACUACAGCGCGCCCCAGCCGGCCGAAGUGGAGCACGGAAGAGGCGCGGGAUUGUGGACUAAAUCUAAAUGGUCGCAGAGACUUGACUGAGUGGAGGGGAGGGGAAGGGUCAGACAUCUGAGUCCUGGGGGCGGGGGGACUACGGUCAGCUUCGGCAGGGCAGAAAUGGCGGCGUAUCACGUGGAAUGUGAGUGAGUUGCCUGGCCAGGUGCCCCCGCCACGAUCGCUCGCCCCCGAUUCCCCCCCUGCCUUUCUCCUCUGGCUGCGGGGAUGAUGAGACCCCACCCAGCUCCGCUGUCCCUGCUUCUGGGACUACUGCUCCCCAUCCAUGUUCUUGCUCACAGCUACUUCACAUGUGAGCCGAUCAGGGUGCCCCGCUGCCUGGACAUGGCCUACAACAUGACCUUCUUCCCUAACAUGAUGGAGCACUACGACCAGGACACCGCCUUCAUCAGGAUGGAGCCGUUCAUGCCCCUGGUCAACCUCCAGUGCUCCCCGAAUGUGCACCACUUCCUCUGUCAGGCCUUUGUUCCGGCCUGCAUUGAGCCCAACAAAGUGCUGGCUCCCUGCCGUGCGUUAUGUAAGACGGUGCACGCUGACUGCCACAAGGACAUGGCCAUGUUCGACCUCGCCUGGCCCCCAGAACUGCAGUGUGACAGGCUAGAUGAGUGCAGUACUUCUGAUGAUUCAGCCCCUCCCCCUGCAAAGCAUGCAACCACAGCAAAGACCUCUGCAUCAGUGAGAAGGGAUCUCGGCUUCUGGUGCCCAUUGCCUCUCAAGACCCUGCCUGGACUCGGCUCCUCCUUCCUUGGGGCAAAGGACUGUGCGCCGCCUUGCGCCAACAUGUACCUCAAGCCGAACGAGGUCGAAUUCGCCAAGAACUUCAUCGGCGUUCUGUCUGUCGUCUGUCUAUGUGCCACGCUCUUCACCUUCCUCACCUUCCUCAUAGACGUCAAGCGCUUCCGCUAUCCGGAGCGUCCCAUCAUAUUCUACGCCGUCUGUUAUAGUUUUGUGUCACUCAUCUACUUUGUGGGCUUUCUGCUGGGCAACAACACGGCCUGCAAUCGGGCGACCGUCCCAGGCGCUGUGGAGACCGUGGUGCUCGGCUCACAAAACAAGGGCUGCACGUUGCUGUUCAUGCUGCUCUACUUCUUCUCCACUGCCGGCACCGUCUGGUGGGUCAUCCUCACCAUCACCUGGUUCUUGGCGGCGGGGCCCAAGUGGAGCUGUGAGGCUAUCGAGAAGAAGGCUGUGUGGUUCCACUCGACGGCUUGGGGGGUGCCUGGGGCGCUGACUGUCAUGCUUUUGGCGCUGAACAAGGUGGAGGGAGACAGCAUCAGUGGGGUGUGCUUCGUGGGCCUCUAUGACCUGCACGCCCUGCGUUACUUUGUUCUGGCUCCACUCUGCGUGGGUGUGGCUGUGGGUUUGUCUUUCCUCCUGGCUGGCAUCAUCUCUCUCAACAACGUGCGGCAGGUCAUCCAGCACGACGAGCGCAACCAGGGAAAGUUGAAAAAGUUCAUGAUCCGCAUCGGCGUAUUCAGCGGCCUGUACCUGCUGCCGCUGGUUGUCCUGCUGGGGUGUUAUGUCUAUGAGCAAGCCCACCGUGGGACGUGGGAGAACACCUGGAUCAAUGACCGCUGUCAGGAGUACAGUAUCCCUUGCUCCUACAAGAAAAAGGAACUGGAUCGACCAAACCUGUCCCUGUUCCUAAUAAAGUAUCUGAUGACGCUGGUGGUUGGGAUAUCGGCUGUGUUUUGGGUCGGCAGCAAGAAGACCUGCUCUGAAUGGGCUUUCUUCUUCAACAGGACUCACAAGAAGGAUCCCAUCAGCGAGAGUCGCAGAGUUCUGCAGGAGUCCUGCGAGUUCUUCCUGAAGCACAACAGCAGGGUCCAGCACAAGAAGAAGCAGUACAAGCACAGCUCCCACAAGCUUAAGGUCAUCUCCAAGUCCAUGGGCACCAGCACGGGAGCAGCCACCGCCUUGGGGGAUGGUCCGGGCCGAACUUCCACCUCCGGGGACGUCCAGGGCACCUCUGAGGCCUCUCCCGUGGAGCUGGUGGAGUCUAGAGCCGCGAGCCGAGGGCCCAAGUCUGAGGGGAAAGAGAUGGCUGGGGGGGGGAGGCGCAGCAAAGGCGGGAGCUCCGGAAAGGUCAGCAGCCACUCUGACAGUUUCCAGAGGGUCCCAGAUGGAAGGACGACGUCAUGUGAUGCUGAGAGUAAGCAGGUGACCAGCGGCCAGCUCCUCAACCCCGCCCACCAUGACGGCUUGAAAGGCUCCGCCUCAGUUCCGGCCCCCCUGGAAUCUAAGGAACUCAACGAGAGAGACAACAGCUGCUCCAACGCCUGAGGCUGGAGCUGUCUGCAAUGCCCUCGCUUAGCCAGAAGGGGGCACUCCUCCUAGCUGAAAAGGGACUUGGCGACCAGACCUCUGAAAGGAGACUACCUUGUGAGCCUGUCUGAGUCAUAGGUCACUUGCAGUAGUUCAUCAUGUGGUCGUCAUAAAGCUGAAGUAUCCUUCACGUGGUUUUAAGGAGAGCUGUAGCAUGUCUGCGAUGGUAAACCAGUAUCAUGAGGGAUUCUAGGAAUGAAUUAAGAAUUGAUUUCAAAAACCACUUGAGUGAUAUUUGGAUGAUGUGGCAACACUGGAAUCUAGUCUGUACACUGUUUUGGUGGGAUGUGAGCACAGAUGGGUGAAAAGCACAAUGGUUUCAGACUACUUUGUAACAUUAAAUUCAUGGGUAACAAUAUGGCCACCCUGUGUCAUGUCGGAAACCAAGCAGACAUUAUUUUACUUUACAUCGCGUUUGUUAGGCAAUUGAAUAUUCCAAACGAGGCCAUAUCUGUUUGUAUCUUUUGCAUGCUGAAUGUUUUCCACGACUUUUCUCUAAUUAAUUCUUUGGAUAUUAUGCUUUGCUGGUAUAUAUGUACAUUACAGUAUGUACCUGUGGUUAUAUUUUAUCCAGAUAUAUGUGUAGUUAUCCUCAGUAUUAUUGUGUAUGGUGAUAUAUUUAAAUGUAUCGUUAGUGUCUUUGUGCAAUUUUCAUUUUAAAUCAUACUUGGUAUGUACAAGGACACCCGGAAAACAAAAUUUUUCAUCAAUAUUAAUGUAUGUUUGAUUUCCUUCGCACCACGACACAAUCCUGUGUUUUUAUAGUAACACUUUAAAAUUUUGACCCCUAUCUGAUGAUCCAGACGCAUAAUGGAAAAAAUACAUUUAAAUGAUUAACGGUUCCAAAAUUCUGAAGCUGCUGCUAGUGGCUAACAUGGUAUCCAUUAUGUCUUAAGAAAUGGGGUCGUAUCUCCUACUUUAAAAAUACUUUGUGUUUAAUUAUGCCUCCUCUUUGUGGCCACAAAUACAGGUAGGGGAAUAUCAACGAGUAUGUCUAAACCCACAAAUACAGGUAGGGGAAUAUCAACAAGUAUGUCUAGGUCUACCAUUGUGGCAUUAAGCUGCAUUAAGGCAGAAGAAAAAUUAUCAUCGUAUCUAGAAAGAAGCCAUGAUUUAAAUGUAAUUACCAAAGCAUAAAUGGGUGUGAGGUGUCCGAAACAUGUUUUGGAACAGUCAGAGGCGUUUCUGUUUUCAUCAAAAAUGACAUUUGAUGUUAUAUUUGUUGCUGAACGUUUAUUCAGAGUAGUAUUCUACAACAAAGGUUUUUUUUAUUUAGUGUUUUUCUGUGGUAAUCUUGUUUUUUUUUUUGUGAUCUGCAUUUAUGUUUUUGACUUUUCAUUUGAGGUGUUUUGCUAUGAAAUGCUUCUUUGUCGGGGCAGGUGGAGAGACUAUGGAUAAAUAAGCUGAGGAAUGUGCCGUUUUAUCCAAAAGGGAAUUAAAAUCACAGCGAAUGGAGAAUUUAAAGAAAGAGGUGGGCUUUUCUAUGUCUAUAGAGUUCAUGCCACAACAGAAGGUAUACAAAGAAAAAAUAGGCUUGGUGUGUGACUUAUUUUCUGAUGACAAAUUGAUUGUGUUGGUUUCUCAAGGAAACAGAAAGCACCAAAAAUGUCACUUUUAUAGAAUUUAAGCAAUUUUUGUUCCUGACAGUGUGUGAAUUAAUGGAUCCUGAUGUGGGUUUUCAAAACCCACAUGUUGUCUGCAAAUGCAUGCUAGUAAUUUCCUGCACCUUCAUCUAUUUCUGUGUGUUGCUCACAAAAGGCUGACGGAGGGAUUGAUUGAUCAGAGAUGGUUGGCAGUGUUUCCAUUUGGAGGGAAUAUCGCCUACCGAAUUUUUAUAAAUUUUUUUAUUUUUUUCCCUCCCCUGAGAAAUCAAGGCCUUAUUACUUGUGACGCUGUCUUUACCUGCCACUUCCUUUGGCUGUUGUGGGGAUGAUAUUUCCCCUUAAUGUGUAUCUUUGGUUCUCCUGAUGCUAUUGGGUUGGUUUUAAUGGUAACUCAAAAAAAAAACGUGCAAACAGAAAUCGCCCUUUCAAACUCUCAAUUACUUUUUUUUUAUUUUAUUUUGAAUUAAGUGCUUCUAGUGUAUUGGGUUUUUUGAACAACAUUUCAACUGUUACAUAUUUGAAUAAUAGUCUUUACCUCUAAUAAACAUCUUUGAAAUUUAA